GCAGUGGACACCAAAUCACCUGUCAGAGUAGUGUUGACUGCCAGAAAGUCUCUUUAAACUGUCGUCACAUCUAUUGAAAGAAAGAAAACUGCAAACAUGUCUGUCUUCGACAAAGUGGACUUUUACUGUGUCAAAAACAACUCUGCUCACCGCACCAUUGAAAUCUCACGGGAUAAACUGACCGUGAGAAGAGGCCAGUCCUUCAACGUGACCCUUAAUCUGAGGCAAGCUUUCGACCCUCUCAAUGAUCCACUCAAGUUCACUGCAAUUACAGGAAACUAUCCAUCUGAAGACACAGGGACGAUGUCAUUGUUCGGUGUCCCUGAUAAUGAGAGACGUUCAACUAAUGCAAAGGCUGUGUGGAAGGCAGAGCUCCAGGAAAGCUACUCCCUACAAAUCUUGAACCUGACCAUCACCCCCCCAGCUGAUGCCCCUAUAGGAGAGUACAUAGUCAUGGUGGGAUACAAGAACGAGGAGACACUGCUGGGAGAGCUGGUGGUUCUUUACAACCCCUGGUGUUCUGAUGACUGGGUGUUUCUGCCCAAUGAGGACGAGAGACAGGAGUAUGUGAUGAAUGAAUCAGGAAUCCUCUACAAAGGAAGCGGAAACUAUAUCAUGCCUUCGAAUUGGGACUUUGGACAGUUUGAGGACCGCAUGGUGGAGAUUUGUAUGAACUUAUUGGACCUCAACCCCAAACACCUGAAGGAUCCGUCUGAUGACGUUUCCGCUCGCUGUAACCCCAUCUACGUCAGUCGCGUGGUCAGCGCCAUGAUCAACAGUGCAGAUGACCACGGUGUACUGCAGGGACGCUGGUCAGGAUCUUUUGCUGGUGGAGUCUUACCUUCUCACUGGACUGGCAGCUACGCCAUCCUCAGGCAAUGGCUCUUAAACUUUUUCAGACCGGUCAAGUACGGGCAGUGCUGGGUGUUCGCCGCUGUUAUGUGCUCAGUGAUGCGCCUGCUUGGCAUCCCCUGCCGUGUGGUCACCAACUUCCAGUCAGCCCACGACCGCAACCAGAAUCUGACCAUUGACGUGUACCACGCUGACUAUGGAGUCAGGGAGAGACCAACCCGUGACAGUGUUUGGAACUACCAUGUCUGGGUGGAGGCAUGGAUGAGGCGACCAGACCUGGCAGAGGACGGCAGGUAUGACGGCUGGCAAGUUCUGGAUCCAACCCCGCAGGAGAGGAGCGACGGCGUUUACUGCUGUGGUCCAGCCCCAGUCAAAGCCAUCCUGAAAGGAGAAACACAUCUCAAAUAUGACGUCCCAUUCGUCUUUGCUGAGGUCAACGCCGACUGUGUUGACUGGCUGGUUAAAGCUGACGGUUCAAAGAUCACAAUUUGGACGGACACACAGAGAGUCGGUCAAAACAUCUCCACCAAGGGCAUUGGCACCAAUGAUAGGAUGAUCAUCACCAAAAACUACAAAUACAAAGAGGGAUCCUCCGAGGAGAGGGCUGUCUUUAGCUAUGCCUGCACUAGAGACUGCUCCUCCGACUGUUUCGAAGUGAAGCCAAUGAUGAUGAUGAAUAAUAAUGAGAGUACUGGGAAUGAGGAGAGGACGCCGAUAUCGGGAAGUGCUGAGAUUACGGUGAAUGAGGAGAGUACCUGCAUUGCUCCAGUGGUCCCUCCAUUGACCAUUCAAUUUGAAGAGGUGUCCAUACCGACGGUUGGUGCCGAUGUGAGCAUGAACCUGUUGCUGCAAAGUCCGCCCGAGAUCACCGAUGACAAGACACUGUCCAUCACCAUCAGCAUCCAAAGCAUAACGUACAACUGCGAAUCAUCCAUGAGCAUGAAGCAGGAGGUGAAGGAGGAGAAACUUCUGGCUGGGAAAGAUCUGUCCAUCCCUAUCCUGAUCCCGUUCAAGGACUACCGUAAACACCUGUUGGACUGUGACACCAUUAAGGUGUCAGCCGUGAUCGCUGACAAACAGAAUCCAGAAGAGAUAUACUACGCUGAGCAAGACAUUGUGCUGCAGGACCCUCCCAUGUCCGUUACCGUGUCCGAUCACCCCAAGCAGGACACGGAGUCAAGUGCACAAGUGAUUUUCAAAAACCCGAUCGACGAGACGCUGACUGGCUGCUCUCUGACUGUCUCUGGAAGUGGCUUGUUCAAAGAAGAGGUUAAAUACAAGACUCCCGAUAUGAAGCCAAACACUCAGAUAGUCGUCACGUUCUUCUUCAAUCCCUACAAGUCCGGAAAGAAAACUCUCAUGGUCAACUUCGGCUGCUCCAUCUUCAGAGACAUUACAGGCAGCUGCACCGUUGAUGUCAAGCCACCACAGGCUGCGUAACGGUCACAAAAUGCCGCCUUCACGAUGUAUAUAUAUUUCAAUGUUUCCAAGGCUUAAGAUAUCGUGUAGUCUUUGGUGAUACAUGCGGUAUGACUUCAGUCAGAUGUGGGUGUAGGGUGUAAAAAGGCAGCGAGCUACACAAUAAACAGAAACAAAGAGUUAUGAAUGAAGCAUGUUAACGGCACUCCUGUUACGCCUUGUAUGGUGUUAAAUAUUUGGCUGUACCUUCAGGUCUGCACCUGUAUUAUUUGUUGUAGUGUGAUAAUGUUCUCUGAAAAUUAAUGAACACACUUGUUUAAAAAAAA